UUGUGUGGCAUUGGAAUCGCACAGCAAUAUGGAACACUGCCUCGGCUUUUCUCUUGGCCUUUCGGGAGAUCUACGAAGAGUCUCUGGCUUUGAAAUUGGUACGGUAGAGUAAAUCUGAUGGAAAAUACAGUAAUUUGAUCACAGGCUGUCAGUGCUGCUAUACUUUCCUCAUUUAGCUAAGAGGUAUGUGUGUUCUGUGUAAGUUUUAUUUACUUUAACUUCUCCAACUUAUAAACAAGCUCUAGUUUAUUAUUCAAAAGAUCUCGGAUUCCAUUCAUGCCUCCUGAGAGAAUGCUGUGAUGAAAGAAUACUUUGUACAUUGUACUAUUCAUAUAUGUGUGUGAGUGUGCGUGUGUGUAUAUAUUCCUUUUAAAUGCUGUAUCCUAUAUCUAACAGCUUAACUAUUCUUGUUCAUUUUUUUUUAAAAAAAGAUGCCUCACUACCAGAAAAGAAAGCCAAGCAGCUUUUGAGAAUCUAUUGCGAACGCAGACCAAAAGCUGGUUUCCCUGAUGAAUCAAUGAGGGAACAGUUGCUUUACCUCCAGCAUUUGGAGUAGAGAUCAGAAGAACAAUUUCUUAAGCACUGGUAGAAUCCAUACUGCUACUCACAUUUCAAUAGAGAUGCAAUUUAUCAGGUGUCAAGAGUGACAUUUUCCCCAGACUGA